GGGCUCAUCACCAGCUCCUUGCAGAUCGAAGACAACAAGAUCCCUGGGCUGUGCUCAGGGCAGCCAGGCAUCCCAGGGACCCCAGGCCUGCACGGGGGCCAGGGUCUGCCAGGCAGGGACGGACGAGACGGCCGGGACGGGGCGAUGGGGAUGCCGGGGGAGAAGGGCGAGAUGGGCCCUCCUGGAGCACCUGGUCCCCGCGGGGAGGUGGGCAGCCCCGGCGUGGAUGGCAUGCACGGCGAGAAGGGGGCGCAGGGCGAGUGCGCGGUGGCCCCCCGCUCAGCCUUCAGCGCCAAGCGCUCCGAGUCA